CCCAUCAACACCACACCACACAGCAUUUCAUAUGCAGUAGCCAUCUUCUCCUCCUCCUCCCGCUUUCCAGCUAGCCACCUAGCUCACUAUCACAUCAUCCAGCAGCCCACACCAACUCAUACUGAUUCCGUUCCCACCUGCUCGCCAUCGCCAGCCAUGCCAAUGGGCAGCAGCGCCGCCAUGCCCGCCCUCCCUCCCGGCUUCCGGUUCCACCCCACCGACGAGGAGCUCAUCGUCCACUACCUCGGCAGGCAGGCCGCGUCCAUGCCCAGCCCCGUGCCCAUCAUCGCCGAGGUCAACAUCUACAAGUGCAACCCAUGGGACCUCCCCGGCAAGGCCUUGUUCGGGGAGAAUGAGUGGUACUUCUUCAGCCCCCGGGAUCGCAAGUACCCCAACGGCGCGCGCCCCAACCGCGCCGCCGGGUCCGGCUACUGGAAGGCCACCGGCACCGACAAGGCCAUCCUGUCCACGCCGGCCAACGAGAGCAUCGGCGUCAAGAAGGCGCUAGUGUUCUACAGGGGCAAGCCGCCCAAGGGCGUCAAGACCGACUGGAUCAUGCACGAGUACCGCCUCACAGCCGCCGACAACCGGACCACCAAGCGCAGAGGAUCCUCCAUGAGGCUGGAUGACUGGGUGCUGUGUAGGAUCCACAAGAAGUGCGGCAACUUGCCCAACUUCUCCUCCUCUGACCAGGAACAAGAGCAUGAGCAGGAGAGCUCCACCGUGGAGGACUCGCAGAACAACCACACCGUAUCGUCGCCCAAGUCGGAGGCCUUCGACGGCGACGGCGACGACCAGCUCCAGCUGCAGCAGUUCCGCCCCAUGGCGAUCGCCAAGUCGUGCUCCCUCACCGACCUGCUCAACACCGUCGACUACGCCGCGCUCUCGCACCUCCUCCUCGACGGCGCCGGCGCCUCGUCGUCGGACGCCGGAGCAGACUACCAGCUGCCGCCGGAAAACCCACUCAUCUACUCGCAGCCUCCAUGGCAACAAACGCUACACUAUAACAAUAACAACGGCUACGUGAACAACGACACCAUCGACGUGCCUCAGCUACCCGAGGCGCAUGUAGAUGACUACGGCAUGAAUGGCGAUAGGUAUAACGGCAUGAAGAGGAAGAGAUCCAGCGGCAGCUUGUACUGCAGCCAGCUGCAGCUCCCGGCGGAUCAGUACAGCGGCAUGCUGAUCCAUCCGUUCCUCAGCCAGCAGCUGCACAUGUGAAGAACCAGAGAGCUUGGAUCGAAGAGAUCAUCAUUGUUCCAUUUGAACUUGCUGUAGAUCGAGGGGAUCCCCCGCUGUGGCAGAUAGGCAGGGAUCUAGCUUGCUUGCUGUGUCGUGACCGACCGACCGAUAAGAACGGACAAAUUUCAGAAUUCUUGGUGUAGCACAAAAGCUGUAAAUUACGGGGGUUUAUUGUGAAAUAAAUAAAUCCAGUAUUAUUA